AUGUCAAAUGCGGUACAUUGGACCGAUUUACCAAAAGAAAUAGGAGAAGAUUUUGUUUCGCAUGUUGGAGAUUAUGAUUAUCCUUUCUACUUGUCUGAGAAAGAGGAGUGGGUUCAUUGCAAACGUUUAAAGAAACUUAAAGGGAAAGUAAAGAUAUGUGAACCUUUUUUAAUAAUGGAAUUGAACAGAUUUGUGCCUUAUCUAGAGGGUAAACAUGUCAAAUUUCAUCCUCUUAAUAUGCCUUAUCUUAAAAUAGGAAAAAUUGAAAUAAUGGGAUUUGUAAUAUAUGCUUCUCAAGAUAGUAGAUUUUAUGAGUAUCAUGUUGAUGAUGGAACAGGAGCCAUUUCUGUUUAUUUCAAUAAAAAGCAGUUUGAAUUAACUCGUCAGGAGAGAAAAAGAAUUGAUGAGAAGUAUAGUAAAGACGCUAAGAACAUAGAUAUUAAACUAUUAAAAAGUCAAACAUGUCCAAAACAUUUGCCCAAGCCACGUCCCAACUUUAAUUAUCCUCCUGAUACAAGUUUACAAGAUAUUGCUAUUUUUGAACAUAAUUGGGCAAUGGAAACGAAUAAUGGGACUCUAGGUAGAGAAAUAAAACGUUGUGAUUAUAUACAUGCAAUAGGUUAUUGUACACUUGAUUUUUCGUAUGGGGAAAGGCCACAUGAAGAAAUUACAUUUACAAAUUUGUCUACAGUAAAGAAUACUUUCCUUGCAACUAAAGUUACUUGUUUAAGUGAACAUGAAUAUAAUAGAAAGCUUUAUUCGUGGUUAAACACUGUUGUUCGAAGAAGAUAUGAUGAAAAUUCAAAUGAACCUGAAUUUAUUCCAAAACCUGAAGAUUUACAAAUGCAAGUAGAAUCAUCAUAG